GCCAUCACCAAUUCACCAUUGACUUUGCCACGAGUCUUGUCUCCCCAACUCCUCUCUCUACUCCCAAAAUCUCCACGCCGCCGGCCACCGCAACGUCAGCCGGCGCUCCCCCAGCACUUCUCUCCCGCAUCCCUCCCCUGCGGGCUGUUCGGUGUCGAUUCUUGAUUGUGGCACUGCCGGUGUGCCAUGCCGGUCAUGGAGGACGAGAUCCAAAAGCAAGCACUACGCCGGCGAGCCGUCGCAUAGAUAAGAGGCUUGCCGGUCUCUAGUUAACCACGCUCUCGACCCCUCCGGAGCACACGGCCAUACCCAUACAGGGGGCAGGGCAAGCAAUGAGCAAGCGGCGCGCGUCGUCUCCCCUCUCCGGCCGGAGGCGACCCGAUCCUUCUUUCAGCUAUACGAAAUUACAGGAUGUAACUACGGUGCCAGAGGAUCUAUCAUUUCAAUUCAUAAGGGAAAUUACUGAUGACUUCUUAGAGGAGCGCAUACUUGGGGAAGGAGCAUUUGGAGUUGUUUACAAGGGAGUGACUAAAAAUGGACAGGAUGUUGCUGUGAAGAAGUUGAAGCCUUGUUGUGCCGACCUAGACAACAAGCAGUUUCGAAAUGAGUUCCAUACCCUCAUGAAGCUUAACCAUCAAAACAUUGUACAGAUUCUUGGCUAUUGUUAUGAAACAAUGAAAAAACCUUUUAUCAUGCCGGAUGGAAGUAAGGUUUUUGUUGAUGAGAUACAUACAGCGCUCUGCUUUGAAUACUUGCACAAUGGGAGUCUUCAAAAACAUCUUUCUGAUGAGUAUUGUGAAGUUAAGCUUGACUGGCACAUGCGGUUCAGAAUAAUUAAGGGGAUUUGUGAGGGUCUAAAGUAUAUGCACAAGGACCUAGAAGAACCUAUUUACCAUUUUGACCUAAAACCUGACAACAUAUUGCUAGAUAAGGAUAUGGUUCCAAAGAUUGCGGAUUUUGGUCUGUCCAGGAUCUUUGGUCAAGACAUAAUACGGACCACACACGGUCCAUAUGGAACGCUUGGUUACCAGCCGCCAGAAUACAUUGACAGACGUGAAAUCUCAGGAAAGUUCGAUAUAUUCAGCUUGGGUGCUGUAAUAAAAAGGAUAGUGUCAAGGCCCAUGGGCUACCCUGAAUGUUCACACAGCAUGUCUUCAGAUGCGUUUAUUGAUCAAGUCCGUGAAAACUGGAGGAAGAAGUUGCAGGAAGAAUGCAGUAGUGAUUCCUUGCUUGAAGCAUACUGCCGCCAAGUUGAGACAUGCACUGAGAUAGCAUUGAACUGUUUGGAUGAAGAUAGUCAGAAAAGGCCUGACAUAGUGAAGAUCACUGAGAAGCUUAAUGGGAUUGAUGUUGGCAUUGGAAAGCUUCCCGAGAAAGGCUGGGGCAUAAGUUUUUCUGAAAUGACAGUGCAGAAUAACAGUAUAGGGAUGCGAAAGGAAUCAAAGGAUAUCACAAUACAACACCAGAAUACUGAUCUAUUGUCGAGCCCAAGUUGCACUGAGCUAGAACUUGUUGAUGCACGAGAAACAUCAACCGAUGUAGUAGAACUCAUAGUGGGGAGGGAAGAAGAAAAAGGGAAAAUAAUAACUUCUUUACUUGAGAGCUCAUCAAAAAAGAUUUCCAUCCUUCCCAUACAUGGUAUUGGAGGCAUUGGCAAGACAACUUUUUCAAGAUUGAUUUAUAAUGAUCCAAAGUUCAAAUCUUAUUCUAAAGCAUGGGUCCAUGUGUCACAUAGAUUUGACUUGAAUAAAAUUCGUGAGUCUAUUAUUUCACAGCUAUCUGAAAAACAGAAUCAGGCUAAUGAACGACAUGUGGUACAUAGUUCCCUCACAAAGCUACUUCCUGGUAAGAAGAUUAUGAUUGUUUUAGAUGACCUUUGGGAGGAUAAUCAGUUCCAGUUGAUGGACUUGAAGGAUAUGCUAUAUCAUGAUGAUAGCAACAUAAUUAUUUUAGUAACAACACGAAGUGAGAGUGUUGCAGAGAGAAUAUGUACAAACCUUCAACCAUACAAGAUAUUGCCCUUGACGAAUGAUAUGUGCUGGGAUAUAAUAAAACAAAGAAGUGGUUUUGGAGCUAGAGAGGACAAAGAAAAGUUGAGAGGUAUAGGACAGGAGAUUGCUAAUAAAUGUGCUGGUGUGGCUUUAGCAGCUCAAUCUCUAGGAUUCACUUUGCGGGGCAUGAAUUUUGACCAAUGGAUGAAAGUAAAACACAAUGAUAUAUGGAAAGAACAUAUUUCAAAGGAUAUCUCUUUGCCAAAUCAUGUUCUUGCAUCUUUGAUGUUAAGUUAUAGCUAUAUGGAUCCAUGUUUGAAGCCAUGCUUUACCUAUUGUGCAAUCUUCCCAAAAGGUCACCGGAUAGUUAAAAAUGACCUAGUUUACCAAUGGAUUUCUUUAGGUUUCAUAAAGCCAACGGAAUUACUCUCAGUUAUGGAUCUCUGCAAGAAGUAUAUUAUGCAGCUCCAAGGACUAUCUUUCCUUCAAGAGUCGCCCAAGUCUGCUGAAGCGUAUAGCGAAAAAACUACAAUUUUCACAAUGCAUGAUCUGGUGCAUGACUUGGCAAUUUCACUUCUAGGCAACAAACUUUUGGAUAAGAGCAAACAAGAAAAUACUAUGAGGAAGAACAAGGAUUACCAAUAUGCGGUGCUCCGAGAUUGCAGGAUGCCACUGUGGUUGACAAGGGAAGCUCAGCUAAAAGCAUUGCAUUUUCUUGAAUGUAGCGGCACCGCACUUCGCGGUGCUGCAUUUGCACCUGCUACGUCCCUGAGAGUACUGGAUUUAAGCGACUGCUGCAGCCACAAGUUACCGGAUUCCAUUGGUCAACUGAAGGAGUUAAGAUAUCUUAAUGCUCCUUGGACCCGGGAUCUACAGUUUCCAGAAUGUAUCACUAAGCUCUCGCAUCUAAUUUUCCUCAAUCUUCACGGAUCUGAUAUAGAAAAAAUACCCGAGUCAAUUGGAGAAAUGAAAGAUCUGAGGCAUCUUGAUUUAUCAUGCUGCAGAAUCAAGCGAUUACCAGACUCAUUCAUGAGUCUACAAAAACUGGUGCAUUUGGAUUUCUCCAAUUGCCAUCUGAUGUUAGGUGAAUCAGAAUCUUUGUGGAGCCUGAGCCGAUUGGAGCAUUUGAGUUUAUCAAAAUGCAGGAUCGAAGGAGACCUGGCCAAAGCAUUGUGCGGCCUUAGAGAACUGCAAUAUUUGGAACUAUCACAUCUCUUUUGUUGGGGAAACCUCGGCAGAGGGCUACAACAAGUCACUAAACUCAUGUACUUGGAUAUACGUGGAUUCCUGGACAGGAACAUAGUUGGUGGAGCUGAAACUGAGACUUUUAUUGAGGCCAUCAGCAGCCUUUCCAACCUAGUGUAUCUUAAUCUAGGUUGGAAUCAGAAUCUGUAUUAUAUACCCGAAUCCAUUGGGAACCUCAGCAAGCUACGUACACUAGAUCUCUCCCAUUGCAUCAACCUGGAGAGGCUGCCAGCUGCCAUAUCUGGAAUUAACAACAUGAAGUUUGUACAUGUCGCUGGUUGCGACAGAUUGGAUAAGUCCACUCUACCUCUGUACAAGAAUGUUGCAAAAUUGUUACCAUAUUUUGCGGUCCAUGCUGGUGAUAGUGAAUCUAGCAGCAACUUACGUUGGCUUGAAUAUGAAAAUCCCACUAAACUGGAGUUGAGCGGGCUUGAGAAUGUGAAGUCCAUAGGAGAGGCGCAAAGAAUAAAGCUGGUGGAAAAGCAGAGGAUUCAAGAGCUAGGACUAGUAUGGACUCGAGAUGCAAAGAGAUUUGUGGACGAUGAGGGUGUUUUGAAACAACUAGUGCCACCAUAUACUGUAGGACAAAUGAGACUGCAAGGUUAUAAUAGCGCAGGCUUUCCAUCCUGGAUGAUGGACAUUGCUACCUAUGUUCCUCAUCUUGUAGAUGUUACCCUGGAGGACAUGCCCAAUUGCAGCAGCCUACCACCACUUGGUCAGUUACCAAACCUCAAAAAGCUGUGGAUUGGACGAAUGGAGAGCAUCAGGAAGAUUGGCCAGGACCUGUACGGGGACUGUGGAGCGUUUCCUCUACUUAGAAGCUUUACGCUACAAGAAAUGAAAUGCCUAGAGGAGUGGAACACCUCAUACUCAUAUCACAAUGCCGGUGGCAAGGAUGCUUCGAAGAAGGUGCUCGCGUUCCCCAACCUACGGGAUUUGUUUAUAGCAGACUGCCCCAUGCUGAGAUUCAAAUCCUUGUCACCUCUGGCUCUGGGUAAGGAGAUGACCAUAACUCGUAGUGGCCAAGUUGUAUUGUCGUCAUGGGAAUGCAGAGGCCAGUUCGAUGCUUCCUCCUCUGCACGAACCACCUGGCUUUCUAUAGAGCACUGUGAAGCGCCUCUGCAUCAGUGGAGCUUGCUUCGCCACCUCCCUCACCUCACAAAACUCAGUAUCAACAACUGCAGUGAUCUCACAUGCAGCUCAACAGAUUUGCUUCGCUGUCUUCGCUCCCUGGAGGCUCUAUAUGUCAGAGACUGCAAAAGCAUUGCUGCACUGCCAGAGAGGCUGGGAGACCUCACCUCUCUCAAUAAACUUGACAUAAGUAAUUGUGAAGGUGUCAAGGCUCUGCCAGAGAGCAUACAACUAUUAACCCGCCUCCGACGCCUAAAAAUUAAUGGCUGCCCACAGCUAGUUCAGUUUCGAUGUCCCCCCUCCCUCAAGACUCUUUAUGUCAGAAAUUGCAAAAGCAUUGUUCAGCUGCCACAGAGACUGGCAGACCUCUCCUCUCUUAAGAAUCUUGAGAUAAUUGAAUGCGAAGGUGUCAAGGCUCUGCCAGAGAGCAUACAACAACUCACCUGCCUCCAACGCCUAGGAAUUUAUGGCUGCCCUCAGCUACUUCAGUGGUGCCAAUCAAAGGAGAAUGAGAUGAAGCUCGCACACAUCAAAGAAAGAGAAUAUCAAGGGGAGCCUCUGCCCGAGGAGGUCCAUAAACAACAGCGACGGCAGCGACGGCUCCAGAAGGCGUUGGCUUUGAGCAGGCCACGACGCAGGCCAGGAAUGGGGCGAAGGAUGAGGCCCGCCAUGCAGAGGCACCAAGAACCAUUUUCAUCGCCGAACGAAGGAAGGUCCCUUGUGGCAACAAAGAUUCCGAGUAGCUGAUGGGCCUCCAUUGGGCGCAGGAUUAGGCCCAUAAAGCAAGGUGGUUACCAAGGAAGAAGACCCAAAAUGACCUUAGAGGGAUGUGUUUGUAUCGGCAUAUUUCCAAGGAUAUGCCUUAGUUGUCGAAGCGCAAAAAUGUAAAAUGGUAACCUAGUGAAUAGUGCCUUAUAAAAGGGGAAACCAAACCCUAUGUGAAGGGAGGUAGUUGAGUAACAUUUAUGAAACCAUAAUUCUGCAUGAGGCCACCUGGGGCACCCCACCAUUACUCACUUGUUGUGCCUAUAUUUGCUUAUUUGCACAUUCAUUUCUCUAUCAUAAGAUUGUA